AUGAAGUUCACCCUCCUCCCCACCCUAACCACCCUACUUCCCAUUCUCCCAGGGGCAUACACCUCCUCCUUAGAUACCCUCCGUUACAAAAACUGGGACCUCCGCCUCUUCUCACCAGGCUGCGACCCCAACACCACCAGCUUCGAGCUAUCCCUCUUCCACCGACAAGGCGUGUCAGGCACAGCAGAUGGAUGCCAGACCCUCGAUUCCAGCGUGAAUGUGUCCGCGGUGGACACCUUCUCGUGGAAGAGUCCCGGCGCGACGACAUACGAUUUAUGUCUGUAUGAUGUGUGCGGGAGCAGCGGGAAUGGCUCUGGAAGGGUAGAGGUGAUUCGCGAUGGGUGGGAGGUUUGUGUUAAGUAUUGGGGGUGGAUGGGGUGGGGGGUUGUGGAGCAUGGGGGGGAUUGUUGA